AUGAAUCACUCACAUGCACAUGAUCGCGAUGUUUGCCUUGUUUGCCAUCAAACAGUUUUUCAACCCAACCCUUACCUGUGCUUCAACCACGCGCUCAAGUUGCGAACAUCACGACCUUCUAGGCUUGAAAACGAAAGAAAGGACAUGGCAGAAUAUGGGUCACAUUUGACGCUGGUACCACAACACUCUGGUAAUUUCGGGAGCGUCCCUUUCGACAUCUUGGUCCACUUCUUGAGCUUUCUCGGGCCAUUAGAUCUCCUUGCAGUUCGACAGACAUGCAAGUUGCUUCAGGAAGCAACAUCACAGCGGUCGCUCUGGAUAGAUGUUCUUCGCACGGUUUGCGCAGAAAAUUAUAUCUUUUGGCCGACUUACCCCGUCAGUGACAUGGCGAUCAGUGAUCUCAUCGAAGCUGCAUUGAUGCCUACCAGAUUUCUAUCGUUUAUCUAUAAGACGAGAGAACCUAGCGAGCGUAUCGAACCAAGCUUAAGCGUCCAUUUUUCUCCUGGGAAUUCAAAUGGUGCUGAGAACAGAUGCCCCAUUGGUCUUCUUCCAGGCGGACGCUUUCUAGUAUAUGCUAAAUCUACUACUUUAUCCAUCUGGGACUUGGGUUAUCCCUCUGAGCGAUACUUGUUGUCUGAUCCCGUUCUGGUCGCGACUAUCGCAACGGAGGAGUGCCACGAUUUUUUUCUAAAACCCACGGCAGAUGCUCUCGGAGUACAAGUUUUCAUUAUAUCAGAUCCAGCGAACAAUGUAUCGGUGUUCGAAAUCCAUCCUACAUCUUCGAACCCCAGCUUUCAUAAAGUCGCAAGUCUCGACAUUGCCAUUCAUGCAUGGCGAGACCAUUAUUGUCUAUGUGGAGAUCGUCUUUUUAUCGUCUUUGGAAAUGUCGUGACUGUCUGGGAUUUUUCCCAAAAUUUAUGGGCGAACUGGGAAAUCGGCAAGCAACCCAGCUAUGUUUCAGCAACAGAUAAUUAUGUCAUUUUUGUUGAAAAUGACGAUCAACCGAGGCUGGGGCUCUGGAGAAUCCCUCCACUGCGUUCGAUCGGCAGCACGCCGGCAUCUCUCGGGGUGCUCUCUGCUGACAUCUGGUUCACACUGCCCGGCGACGUUCCAGUCGAAUACUACGGUGGCUUGGAUGAGUGGUACCUGACCAGAGGCAUCGGGCAGACGCGAUGCAUAAUUGAUGGCUAUGCAUCUGGCGCACUAUAUCACCGGACAUCUGCGUUUUUCCGCGUAGAAUUACCUCUCACACUUUCCGUGAAUGAGGAGAUCAAUUCUGCUGACAAUGAUGAUCUGGACAUUAAUUUCUUUGACCUCCCAACACCGGAAAUUAUCCAGGGAUCCCUCGGAAUCUGUAACGAGAACGCCAUCUCCGCUUGGACGUCUCAAUCUGGCCUUCAGUUUCAUGCCACUAGGAGAACUAACAUCGUCAAUCGACCUUACACGCCUCUCGAUCUGACACCUUCUCCCCGCUCUGCGUCUGUUCAGAUCAAUAUCCCACAAACUCAUGACAUUACUGCUUUCUGCCCUGUAUCGGGGCGGUUGUGCUAUCUGUUACAUGGUCAUGCAGACAACAGGAUUUAUAUCGCUGAUUGUCUUUUUAGAAAUCCCUCCAAGGGCUGA